GUUGCCUUCAAGACAACUUAAUAGUGAAGUCAUGUACAUAGCUAAAAUUCUUCCACACCUACAAGAAGUUAAUAUACCCAACACUUUUUACCUAAAGGACAUCUUCAAUGAUUCGUCAAUUCAUUUUUUUCAUGAACAUGUUUUAUCUAAAAUAGAAAAGGACUUCUGGAAUCCUCGUCCUGAGCCAGCUUACGAUGUAAAUGAUCCAGAGAUUGUUACUAUAGCAAAACAAAGAUGACAGCGGCUUUCUACGGCUUUCUUAGGCACCCUGUCAGCUGCAAAUAUUCYCCAUAAGUCUUUCUGAUCACUACUUGCGGUACACGAUAAGCAAUAAACACGUAAAUCUCCAACUGCGUCUGUAACUGUUAAAAUAAAGCCGGCUAAAAAUGUGACCCCAACGUCUUCCUGGUCACUUGCAAAAUGCAGAACUACAAACAAGUCCAAGUUUGAAGAAGCAUGUACAAAAAACUUUAUAGAAGUGUUUUACGUUUUGGAUCCGGAAUAAAUUAAUUCGUUACUCA